ACAGAUAGCGGCGCGAAAUGUACUUCGGUCGGCUGUAGCGACGGUCGCCGGUGACAGGCGCGGCCACGCCGGCGUCCCACGGUCGCCGGCGGGGAAUGUUUGGAUCGCGAUUAAAGUCGCGAUCCAAUAUGUUUUAGAAAACCCCCUGGCAUCCUGGAAAUUUUUAUAAAUGAACCCUCCUCCUCUAGAUGGGCAGUCCUCUCGACGAUCCGCCGGCGUUCUUGGACUUUUGGGAUGAAGCUGAAGUCAGCAACUUGGGCAUCCCAGGUCUGGAGAAGGACAAAACGGAACCGAACAAGAAGCGCGGCUGUUAGCUGUCGCCGUCGUCGGCAUCAACUCGCCAUCUCCUUGUCCUUGACUGGAGAAUCCGUGGAGGAAGAAUCAAGGAGGCGGCGGAGCGCCAUGGCGGGCUCCGACCCCCGCCUCGCGCAUCCAGGAUUAGCAAUCGUGAUCAUGGGAGUCAGUGGCUGCGGCAAAUCUACCGUCGCUGCAUUGCUCGCUGAAGCCCUGGGCUGCAGCUUCAUCGAAGCAGAUGACUACCAUUCCCAGGCAAACAAAGCAAAGAUGAGCAAGGGCAUCCCCCUCUCCGAUGCCGACCGCACGCCAUGGCUGGAGUCCCUUCGGGACGCCAUCAGCGACCGACUGGACCACGGUGAGGACGUGGCCGUCAGCUGCUCGGCGCUGCAGCUCAAGUACAGGGAGGUCCUCCGGGCGGCCGACCGGAGCUACAAGCCGGGGCACUACGCCGACUGCAGGGUGAAGUUCGUGUGCCUGAAGGCGUCGGUAGAGGUGAUCACCGAGAGGAUGCAGAGGAGGUCAAGCGAAGGGAAGCACUUCAUGCCGGCGAGCCUGCUGCAAAGCCAGGUCGACCUGCUCCAGAUCAACGCCGCCGAGGGGAUCACCGAGGUAGACGCGACGGAGCACCCCGGCGACAUUGUCCGUGAUGCCAUUGCUCAGUUCAGGGAGGAGCUGGCAUCGACAGAUCCUCCUUGUUUCUGAAGGCUAUGCGAUUCCAUUCAGUGUACAAAGAGAGAUCAUUGAUCCCUUACUUCAUAGCCAUGGUCCAACUGGUCAUGUAGAACCUCCCACAUUUGCAAACAAGCUCGUUCAACAUUUA